GCUCAGUUUUUUGUGACCACAAAAAGCGCCACCCCCAAAUUUACCGAGUCUUAAGCGCAAUGUUCCAUGUUAGUCACACUAAUUUUACGCAUCUCUCCUCCCACCACCACGGCCGGAUACAGGAGUAGCCUUAGCCAGAUCCUGUCCGGUUCAAGUCGGGGUUCAAGGGGUAGCUUCAAAAGAGAGGAGAGUUGACUUCGUGAAUAUCCCGGCCUGGCCACAACACCGCACCAACACCACCACCACCACCAUCAACCACUAUCGUACCCUAACGUGCCCUGGUGCAGCCUAUAGGGGUUUGUUGUUUCAUCUCGCGGUGUUUUUUUUUUUACGUCCGCUCAGUGUCGCCGCGGGCGCUUUUUAAAGAUCGGCGUUCAGUGAUUGCACGGUUAAAAUCAAAACAAACAUUUUUUUUUGGGGGGGGGGAUAAAACUCGCCGCUUGUCUCCGUAGGAUAUCAAGUUCGAAAGCCUUGAAGUCUAGAGAUUGCCAGGGAUGGAAUGUAGCCAUGCCGGUAUAAAUGUGGCACCACGGUGGUGAUGCAGUCAUUUCAUGGGAUUCUUUCGCCCCUGGACGACAUUUGCCUUUAAGCUGGCAAAUACUACGGUCAAGUAUAUUUAGACAUAUAUAUAAAGUGUAAGUAACACAGACUCCACGUCAUUCGUAAGGCGCCUUUCAGACCGUUUCACGCACACACUGCCGUUUUUAUUGUUUAAAAAAACCCACAUCGGACAUGUAUAUGGAUAGUGCUGCGUGUUGCUGGCCGCUUGGCGUUUGAAGGAGGAGGAGGAGGAGGGGGUGGGAUACCUCUGGACAUCUGCACUGCAACCGUGAUUUAAAAACGCACAGCUGACGGCCACGAGUUUCCCCAGUCGACGUGACGAGCCACAAUCGGGAUCGUGAUGAACGCCCGUGGGUGCCAACUCGCGUGGGUCGCCCUCUGCCUCGUCUCGGCCGCGACCGCGUGCCAACCUCGGUCCGUGACCGUGGACGUCUCCAAUACCACGGGUCACCUCCAUCACUUCUGGACGAGCACGGGAUUCUGCCCCCCUUUGCCCCACAAUCAGGCCGACAAGUUUAUGCUGAGUCCCGAUGAGCGGCUCAACAUGGCUUACGUGGGCGCUGUGCCGCACGGCGGGAUCCGGCAGGUGCGCAUCCACUGGCUGUUGGAGCUCGUUACUGCGCGGGAGGAGAAUGGAAGGUUGCGUUAUAACUUCACCCAGCUGGACUCGAUGAUUGAGCUUCUCAUACAAAACGGGCUUAGACCUGGAUUCGAGCUCAUGGGCAGCCCGUCUGGCUUCUUCACCGACUUCGAAAACAAAACGCAGCUGGUGGCGUGGAGGAGCUUGGUCUCGGAGCUGGCAAAGCGCUACAUCGAUAUGUAUGGGCUGCGUGAAGUCCUGCAGUGGAACUUCGAGACUUGGAAUGAACCAGAUCACGGCGACUUCGACAACAUCAGCAUGACGGUGCAAGGCUUUCUAAAUUAUUAUGACGCAUGCUCGGAGGGGCUGCGACAAGCGAGUCCGCGGCUGAGGUUCGGGGGACCCGGGGACUCAUUCCGGCCUCCACCACGCUCUCCAAUGUGUUGGGCCCUCCUCCAGCACUGCCACAACGGAGCAAACUACUUCACAGGGGAGCGUGGGGUGCGCCUCGACUACAUCGCCAUGCACAAGAAGGGCAACGGCAGCUCCAUGCACAUUCUGGAGCAGGAGCUCGAGGCCGUGGGCUUGAUCCAGCGCCUCUUCCCACGUCUCCAAGCCACUCCCAUCUACAACGACGAGGCAGACCCGCUCGUCGGGUGGUCCACGCCGACAGAGUGGAGGGCCGACGUCACCUACGCAGCCAUGGUGGCCAAGGUGAUCGUUCAACACCAGCGUCUGCUCAUGGCCGAGCCCAACGGCACGAUCAAGUACACGCUGCUCAGCAACGACAACGCCUUCCUGAGCUACUCGCCGCACGUCUUCACACAGCGCACGCUGGCCGCACGCUUCCAGGUCAACGACACGAGGCCGCCACACGUGCAGAUGAUCCGCAAGCCCGUGCUGUCCGCCAUGGGAUUGCUGGCUCUCCUCGGAGAACGGCAAGUACUGGCGAACGCGUAUCUUCCCGACGGACACAAGGAAUGGGCCAAUGGGACAUUCGGAGUCCUGGCGAGCACUCACGAGGCUCGCCCCUGCCUCUCGGUCACCGACAGCUGGCAAUGCUCCCUGCUCCUCUACAACAGCGAUGACGUGAGGACGUCUACCUGCGUCAGCCCAGUCACCGUCGUCGUUAGCAACCUCCCGUCUGACAAAGAACUGGUGUACGUCGGAUAUCAAUUGGACAAUAAGAAAACAAAUCCCUACGCACUGUGGAAAGCCAUGGGCAGCCCGCCCUUUCCAUCUCCCAAGCAGUUUCGACUCCUGCGUGAACUGGAGGAUCCGGUGGUUACCAGUCCGCUGCCUGUGUUGGGUGUUGGCCCGUUGCGACUCACACUGGCCCUGCCUCAGCCGUCGGUGUAUCUGCUGCAUGUGUGUGCUAAGCCGCAAGGUGUGCCAUGUCAGGUCGCUGGACUCCGCGUGAUGCCUCUCACCAAAGGUCAGGCCCUCGUCGUGUGGGACGACGGUGGUGCGUGUUCCCGGUGCUUGAAAACGUUUGAGGUGGAGUUUUCACCGACGGGGGAACGCUACGCGAGGAUCCACGUGAAGGACAGCAUUUUCACCCUUGCCGUCCACUCCCCAACUCUCAGUGAUCCUGGAGGUGGAUCUGUGACGGGAUUCUACAGAGUCCGUGCUGUUGAUUACUGGAGUCGUCCUGGAAUAUUCUCUCUUCCUGUUUAUUAUAAGGACCGUUCGCAAACUUAAUGAGUCCCAUCCUGAUAAAAAAAAAAUUCAGCAUCAUCUGUAAAAAAAAUUAUUCCUCUAAUAUCCCUGUAGUUGAAUUAUAGGGAUAGCAGAAAAUAGUUUACAUUGUUUUCAAUCCACAAUGCCACAAUAGUCUGUACGAAAUUAGAAUGUAAUUGUGCAGUUGUUUUAUUCAAUGUUGAAGAACAAUGGGCAUCUCGAGAUGAGUGUAACCCUUUGAUCACCGCGUGAGUAGAAAGUCUUUAAAGCUAAACAAGAGCACCAGCCAAGCGAUCCUUUAGUAUAUUUGUAUUGGUGAUACAUCUUCUGCUACCUUACGUUCAUAACCAAGCUUACUCCAGAUUCUUUUUAAGGUUGACAACUAUAUUGAACGCCCUGUGCUAAUGAAUGUUUACUCCAUUUAUUUAUGCUUGAAAUAAGGCAAUGUGUUUUAUGUUUUAUAAAGUUAUGAUAGUAAAGUAUUAAGAACCUUAUUGGACCACUUUCAACUAUAUCCGAACAACACAUGGAAGGUGUGGACUUUUCCUCUAUAAAUGGAAGAUCAGGGACUGGCCAAACUGCAAAUGCAGUCAGGUGCCACCCCUCAGGCAUAUCAAUACAACACGCAUGUCCUGGUGGAACAAGUGUAUUACUCCCCUCAGCUACCCCAAUACAACACGCAUGUCCUGGUCUAACAAGCGGACCCUGCUUAGCUACUCUAGAUGCCGUAGAAUGGCUGACAACAUUGAACGUCCAACUGUCGCCUGUUGCUUUUUUCAAAUGCCAUACACAAGAAGGAAAAGAACAGUCCAGUGUUAUUUUAAACCCAUACACAUUGAAACGCAUUUCUCAAGGGACAGCACGUCAAUAUUGUAUGUACACUAUGAGAGAAGUGUUCAGUUACAUGAUGUUGCCGUUUAUUUUUUUUAUGAAAAACGCAAUUUAUGUAAAUGCACCGGAAGCAGCUCAAUCUACAAUGUUUCGGUAGUGAUGUAAUUUAAUAAACGCGUCGAUUAACAUAACCAAAAUCUACGGAUGUAUAUUCCAUACACAAAUCAUAUGCACAUCGGCACCAAGAGGGCUUAAUCUUCUUUUGAGGACUGUAUGUUGCCCCCCCCCCCAACCCCCUGAAUUCUAAUAGCCCCUCCAUCUGAUUGAAAGCUCAA